UGUUGAAAAGCCGGCAUGUUAGCUACAACUGUACCAAUGUGCAUAACGAGUCGGUUAUUAUGUCAGAUAUUAGAUUUUGAUGUAGCAGGGACAUCUUACCCACCUUUUGCAACUCACAGAAGGCAUUUUCUCCUCGGACACGAGUAACAGUUAAGACCAUUUAGUAUUAGAAGCAUGGCAUGUUUAUAUCGUGUUUGGCAGUUGUACUGUUUUAUUUUGGUGUUACCACUUGGAUCUGUCUGUACAAAGGACUCUAAAACGUUAUGCUCAACAUGCAGACAAAUUACAGACAAUUUUGAUAAGGGAUUGGAAAAAACAGCAAAGCAAAAUUUUGGUGGUGGAAACACAGCAUGGGAAGAACGCAAACUCUCUAAAUAUGAAUCAAGUGAGAUUCGGCUCAUGGAGAUACUAGAGGGCUUAUGUGACAGCGGCAGUUUUGAGUGCAACCACAUGGUAGAAGAACAUGAAGAACAUUUUGAGACCUGGUGGUUCAAGAGGAAAGCAAGACACCCAGAUCUGUUUAAGUGGUUUUGUAUAGACACUGUUAAAGUGUGUUGCCCUAAAGGCUCAUUUGGUCCCGACUGCAACACCUGCAUUGGGGGAUUGGAAAAACCAUGUCAUGGUAAUGGAAAAUGUGAUGGAGAUGGAACAAGGGAUGGAAAUGGGAAGUGCAGUUGUGAUAAAGGAUAUGAAGGAGAGUUUUGUUUGGACUGCAGCGAUGGAUAUUUUAGUGACCUGAGAAAUGAUACCUUCUCCCUGUGCAAAGAGUGUCAUGAGUCUUGUGUUGGCUGCUCUGGAGGAACCAAUCGGGAUUGUAAAGAUUGUAUGAAGGGUUGGGAGAAAGACCAGGAAGGAGCAUGUGUUGACAUUGAUGAAUGUUCCAAAGAUCCACUGCCAUGUAAAGACGAUCAGUACUGCCUAAACACAGACGGUUCUUUUUUAUGUAAAGCAUGUAAUACAAGGUGCUCUGGUUGUAAAGGAUCCGGUGCCGAUAACUGCCUCACAUGUGCUGAUGGCUAUAAGGAUGAGGAAGGCACUUGCACAGAUGUAAAUGAGUGUGAGCAGUCAGAAGCAGUAUGUACUAAAGAACAUCAGGAGUGUGUUAACACCGAAGGAAGCUUCAUGUGCCAGUGUACCAGUGGUUUUCAAGAGCAGGAUGGUAUCUGUGUCAUACAGCAAACACAAGAAGAGAAUCAGGACGUGCUUACAAUUAAUUCUGAAGAUUCCCAAGAUAAUAAUUCACCAGAAAAACAUGAAGAUCUUUAACUCCACAUGAAUAAAAUGCAGAAAACAAUCACCGGGGGGGCCAUAUCAACUUUUAGGAUCCUGAGUAUCUUCCUCUGAAGAUCUGUUGUCUAUCUGAAACAUUCAAGACUAAGUGGCACUUACAGUACAUGCUUGGCAAACUUCACCACUCUUUGUGGAACAUGUUGAACAUGAACAGCAUGCUUCUGCAGAACAUAAACUCCACUUCUCAGUGACCAAGUGACUUAAAUGCUGGGCUUGGAUGUGUGUUUUUGUGUAUGUGUGUUUUUUAAUAAAGAAAAAUAAAUUCAAACUAAAUAAGUACUCUUAACAUUUUAAAUGUUGCUAUGCAGACUGUUACUGACAGUAAACAUUUACCUGCAUAGUUUUGUUUUACAUAAAGUGAAGGGGGUCUUUCUGAAUGCACUGUGUCCAAUUGUGUUAUGUUGCUACUAUUCAAUUAAUGGCAGAAAAUACCCCAGUCCAGGUGUGCAAAGCUUGGGGUAUGAUUACUUAUGGAACUCUGAUAUUUCAGAGUUUUACAGUUUACAGUUUUUUUAAUUUACAGACAUUUCUAAAAUUCUGUUUUCACUUUGUCAUCAUGGGGUACUGAGUAAUGAGAAAAAAAUGAGAACAUUUAAAUGAUUGUAUUAUCAAGUUGCAACAUAACAAAACUGAACAAGGUCUGAAUACUUUCUGAAUACCCUGUAUUUAUAACUAUAAAAAGGACAUAAAACACUCAGCCCUCUAGGGAUAACAUUGGCAUCACAUUUCCUUUAGUUUCUGUUUCAGUGGUUACAGGUGUCUGUCAUAAGUAUUGUGAUAAAGAAAAAGGCAUGACAUUGCUUAUUUGUUAAUAUAGUCAAUUUGCUAUAAUGGUGCACAUUGGUGGUGGUUGAGAAGACCCCCCAGACUUCAUAUGUAGAGGGUUUGGGUGCUGCAGAAAAGUGCUAUAUAAAUUAAAGGUGACAUAGAAUGCUUGAACGGGGCAUUUAUCCUUGUUCUGUGAUGUGACAUGUAGACAAUUUUUUUGUUUGGGUCUGUAAUGCAUUAGAAGCUCUUCCUAAAAACCUCUCUCAGAUAGCUCUAUCAGGGUGGGGGAUUUUAAACAAGUGGUUUUGCACCUAUUUGGCUCCCCCUGCUGGCUUAACUUGCAAUCUCAUUAUUGAUUGGCUGACUUUGCUGCCACUCAAAAAAUGUAGUCAAUCAUUUUAAAGUGGAGGGGCAGUGAGAUGCCUGUGAUGUCAUAAGCAUCAGUUUUUCAGAUUGGGCCGUUUUCUGGCUGACAUUUCUAAAAGAGGAAUUUCUAUGAGACUGAGAUGUUUAGCAUGUCUAGCACUUUUUGUAUGUUUGUGAAUGUGGGUAGACUACCAUUAUUCAACAAAGACAAGGUCAAAAUGGUUUUUCAUUCUCUGUCCCCUUUAAUAUGAAUUAGUAUUAUUAAUUUUCAGACUUCUUCUGCAAAUAGUUGUUUGAACUGAAGACAGUUCUGUAGUUCGGGAACAUACUGUUGUUAAUUUGAAACAUCAGAAAGUGUAAAUAUAUACACCCUGUCUUUGAUUGAUUGUCUCCAAUACAGCCAGUACUAUCUCCAUUGUGGUAUUAUUAAACUACUUUCAGAAAAAGAGUAUUUAUGAAUACUGUAUAUGCACUCAUAUUUACUUUCAGCAGAACUACUUUUAGAGUCUUUUACAUUUUUCAAUUUUUAUUGAGGUUUCAUGUGUUUUAAACUUAAAUAUGAAC